AUGAGGGACUGCAUGUGGUUCCUGGCGAGCGAGUCCCCGACGAAGGCCAUGGAGCGGCCCCUGACGGCGUCGAAGAAGGCCGCCGCGUCGAACCGGGGGAGCUCGCACUGCGCCGGCCGCCAGCGCCACCUAAGGAAGCCGAGGUCGGGGCGGCCGUACUUCAUGCAGUUCUGGUGCUCCUGGAUCAGCGGGCAGGUCCGGUUCGUGUAG